GGACCUUCUCGCAACAAGCAGGUCGCGCGCGGCUGACGGUGAGCGCGGGAAGAUGCUGAAGGACUUCAAAGUGGAGGAACGUGACGGCGGCUCUCUGCACGCGCUCAUGGGCGGCGAGUGUCCCCCGCGGGCCGUGUGUGAGGGCUGCACGCGCACCAUAUCCGACCGCUUCCUGAUGCGGGUGAACGGCGCGUCUUGGCACGAGGAGUGUCUGCAGUGCGCCGCGUGCCAGCAGCCGCUCACCGCCACCUGCUACUGCAAGGACACCAAACUGUACUGCAGGAGCGACUACCAACAGUUAUUUUCCACAAAGUGCAGCGGCUGCCUGGAGAAAAUCUCACCGACAGAGUUUGUGAUGCGAGCUCUGGAAAGUGUUUACCACCUCAGCUGCUUCUGCUGCUGCGUGUGUGAGAGGCAGCUGUGCAAAGGAGACGAGUUUGUCCUGAAGAAGGGUCAGCUGCUGUGCAGGGGUGACUAUGAAAGGGAGAAGGACCUGCUCAGCAUGGUCAGCCCAGACGAUUCAUCCUCAGAAAAGAGUGAGGAUGAGGAUUUGGUUGUGAAAUCAGAAAAAUUCCUGGAGGAGGUGAAAGGCAGCGACGAUGGCAAAGAUCCCCGUCGACCCAAACGGCCACGCACAAUCCUCACCACCCAGCAGAGGAGAGCCUUCAAGGCUUCAUUUGAGGUUUCCUCAAAGCCCUGCAGGAAGGUCAGAGAAACCUUGGCUGCUGAGACUGGACUAAGUGUUCGUGUGGUCCAGGUCUGGUUUCAGAACCAGAGGGCAAAGAUGAAGAAGUUAGCUCGCAGACAGCAGCAGCAGCAGGAGCAACACAACAGUCAAAGGCUCAGACAAGAGGUGGUACCUGGCUGUAUGGAGGGUCUGCUCAGUUCCUACUCAGGGCCUCUUCCUCCAGGUCAGCAGAUGAUGACCAUGGAGCACCACAGCUACAGCACUGACCCCUUCCAGCAGGGCCUCACCCCGCCACAGAUGCCUGGAGACCACAUGAACCCGUUCGAAAUGGAUUCUAUCAUCUAUGACAUGGACAGUGACGCCUCUCAUACAAGUUUCAGCGACUGCUUCGUGUCAACUCCAGACUUGCUUCAGGCACGAACAGGAAACCCCAUCGACAGCCUUUACUCCAUGCAGACCUCCUACUUUGCUUCCUGAGACCCCAUUAUUACUGUUUGGACCCCCUUUUCUUUUUUCCUUCAGACCCUGAACAGUGAGCACGAACUGGGGCCAGCAGAAAACAAAAGGUCAUUGAGAAAUCAUCAAUAUUUGGAUCAUAGAAACUACUGGACAAUAGACUGACCUCCACAAGCCCACCUCAGGCUGAAACAUGUUUUUUCCACAUCCAGCUGAAAUGAAUCAAUGCUACUUUUAAAAAAGGGACAUUAAGAAAAUUUAGUUUUUGUGAUGUGCUUUUAGUGAACUACCAAACUGUUCUUAUUUAAAAACCAGUCUAUAAAUUAUUAGACUGACCACUGUAUUUUAAUGUUUAUAAUGGCCGAUGUGUAAAUAUUACUUCUGAGAAACAUCCAGUUUGGCAUGUUAGGAGAACAGCAGGUAUUUAUUUCUUACUCGUGUUCAUAUUGCUAUAAAUUACCUUUUCUAUUUAAAGACAAAACAAUCUCAUUGUAAACUACAGAAAUCCCACAUCCUUCUAUUUAUAAUAAUAUUUGUAGCGUUGUGAUGUCUGUGUAAAUUCAGUUUGUUUUAUUUAUUUAAAAAUUUGGGACACACAAUCAAGGCUGCAUUUUUAAUUACCGACUGAGCUGUUGGUGCUGUUAAUAAAUAAUGCCUUUUUUGGAUUUUUUUU